UAUUAGCAACUGGGAUCAACGGAUGCAUUAACGUUCUUGCUACAGUUCCUGCCAUUCUCUAUGUCGACGAUUGGGGCCGACGACCUGUCUUGAUCAUUGGUGGCAUGAUUAUGAGUUUCGCCAUGCUCACGAUCGGUAGUGUUAUGGGUAUACAUGGUUAUACAGUAUUUAAUUCUACGACUGAAGUUACUGAAGUUAUUAUUUCGAAUCAAACAGCUUCAUACACAAUAAUUGUCUUAGUUUACUUGUUUGUCGCGGUAUUUGCUGCGAGUUGGGGUCCGACGACUUGGCUUUAUUGUACGGAAAUCUUUCCAUUAAGUAUGCGUGCGAAAGGAGCAUCAUUAACAACCGCAGCGAUAUGGGUGACCAAUUGUCUGGUGUCUUUCCUCGUGCCUGUUUUACUCGAGCGUAUCACGUAUGGAACUUAUCUGAUUUUUGGAAGUUUGUGUUUCAUUAUGGCUGUGUUAGUCUAUUUCUUUUAUCCCGAAACGAAAGGUCGAAGUUUAGAAGAGAUGGAUCUUGUUUUUUCAAAUUCAGUUUUAGUUGAUUCAGUGCGACAGAGACAGAAACGCAUUAUUGAUAAAAAGAAACAGUUUCAACCACAGAUUCAAAUGUUUGGUAAAUAUCGUGUCGAACGUUUUUAA